AUGGAUAAAGAUUAGAAUAUUCAAAAUUUUUACUAGUUGGACACUUAGAAUAAAGAUUUAAUUGGAGAAGCUUGCAGUGGUAUUUCUAACAAUGUUAGAUAAAAUCAAAUCUUAAGUAAUGAUGAUUAUCAAGAUUUCUAACUAGAAAAUAAGGUUGAAGAAAAUGUUGCCCUCAAUAUUUUGCAAAUGGAAAAUCAAAAAAAUGGUUAAGAUUAGUUAAUAAAGUGUCAGUCUAUCGACUCUUUAAAAGAAAAUAAAGUAGAAACUCCAGGAACAAAUGAUGCAGCUUAAUCUUCGAAAUUUUAAAAUAAAGUUAUUAAUGAUGAGAAAUAACUGUAUUAAAGUAAAGAUGAAUCAUCUCACAUUAUUUCAUCAGAUCUCAUUCUAGACUAAAGUUCAAAUUCAAAAGAAUCUGUUUUUAGAAAUAAUAACAUGAUUGAUGAAUGA